AACGAAAAAAUCCCAGAGAGCUUUCUGCUCUACACUUCUUCCUGCUGUGAAAACAAGAAAACAUCAUCAGAAAAGGGAAAAGCCAUGGCCUCAGCAAUGCUGAAAAGAGCUGCAAUGGUGAAAUCAAUGGGGUUCAAAGGCCUGCAGGAGACAUCUAGGAGGAGGGCCUAUGCGUCGAUUGCAGAGGGUACAGACUUGGUGGCGGCUGCACCUAAUGUUUCUCUCCAGAAAGCUCGGACUUGGGAUGAAGGGGUUGCCUCCAAAUUCUCCACCACCCCUCUCAAAGAUAUCUUCAAGGGGAAAAAAGUUGUCGUCUUUGGCCUACCUGGUGCAUAUACAGGAGUUUGUUCAGCUCAGCAUGUCCCUAGUUACAAGAACAAUAUCGACAAGUUCAAGGCCAAGGGGAUCGACUCUGUAAUUUGUGUAGCUGUCAAUGAUCCAUACACAAUGAAUGGUUGGGCAGAAAAAAUUCAAGCUAAAGAAACUAUAGAGUUUUAUGGAGAUUUUGAUGGAAGCUUCCACAAAAGUUUGGACUUAAUGGUUGAUCUCUCUGCUGCGCUGCUUGGACCUCGCUCUCAUAGGUGGUCAGCCUACGUGGUUGAUGGACAGGUCAAGGUUUUUAAUCUGGAACAAGCACCUUCUGAGGUCAAGGUUUCCGGUGGAGAUGUUAUAUUGGGACAGAUAUAAGAAAAUUUCAGUUUCUUCUGCAGUUAACAACCUGAAUAUAUGGGUGUGGUUAUGAUUCAUAUCACUGUGUGUGUAUAUGGGUUAAGCAGUAAAAUAAGUUCUGAAGUCAAGGUUUCCUUCGUUCUGAAAUCGUUUUUUGAGAUCUGAAUGGCUCAAGAUUCGAACAAUUCGUAAGAUUUUAAGAUUUAAGCAGGUUGAAAUAUUUCCUUUUUUCAUUUUUCACUUCCUGCGGCACACUAACUUGUAAAGCAAACAGACAUCUAUAGCUCGUUUGGUAGAGCAUUUGGAAUUGUAAACGCAGUCGGGCAAUUACUUGGAA